GCACACACUGGCGUCGCCGCGAAAAUAUUCUUUAAUUCAAACGCGAAAUCAAUUUUUCGCACUAUUUUCCCCGCGUAAUGUCGAAAAUUCCUGUAUUUAAGGGCAGUUUCAAGUCGUGGCUCGCAAAAAACGACGAAAAACCCGCGAAAAGUGUGCUCCUCGAGCCGAAAUAUCGCGAUCACCACGAAAAAAUAAGAAACAAGGAAAACAUGGAGGAAGGCGAGAAGCCGGUUUUUGUAUCAAUGGCAAACCCCCAACCAACACGAGAAGACUACGAACGUUACGACGAAGAUCGUCGGCUUAAAGAUAAAGCUCGUGAUCUACGAAUCGCCCGCCGCCGCAACUCCGCAACCCCAGAAGCCUCCCCGUCCAGCGAUCAAUACUUCACACCGGAGCCCGCCGAUGACGAAUUUGUCACUCCAUCCACGUCGAAAAAGUCACAAAAGCCACGUAGCAGUGAUGCGACGCCGGUGUCUUCAAAACCGCCAAGAUAUUUGCCAAGAACCCCGUUAUCAGAGCAAUACACGUCUUGUCUGAGCCGGAAAAUGGAGGAAAACUUUUCAAGAAUGCAGGAGCUCAUGAUCUCCGGCCACUCACCCCAUGAAGCCCGUCAGCAGACGAUUCAGGAGAGCUCGGAGCAGCUGGAGCCCAGAGCCAAAGUGACACGUAGCUCAUCCCAACCGCCACCGAUUGACACUUUGAAGCCGCGUGUGCCACGUAUUGAGUCGCCUUUGGUGAAAAAAACCACGGAAACACCGAUUCGUCGCACCUCAUAUGUUGAUACCCUCGUCGCGACGCAUCAAAUUCAGCUACAGUAUUCGGAUCGAGUUGUUGUUGGUGUUGAACGUCAAAUGACAAAGCUGGAGAGCAUCAAGUUCUUACAGAAUCUCGCGGCCGCUAAUAGAUCACCAAUAAUUGCUGAAGAGGCAAAAAAACGACGAAAUGAAGCAGAGGCUGUACGGAAACUCAUAGAAGUGGAGACGCAGAACGCAAAAAAACGGGCGGUCAUUCAGGAAUUAAAGGAUCGAAUUGAUAAGCUUACUCAAGCACAAUUGGCUAUACAUCAACUCGUUUCAAGCCAACCAUUCUCCGGCGAUCCGUACAAUCAGCGGCUUUUGCGCUCCAUCGACAACUGGAUGGCGUUGCCGUUUCGCGAAUUCGACAUUCAAACCGCCCGUGAAAUGCUGGAAUUGGCGCGAAAAAUGAAGAUCACAAUCGACCAUUUUCGAAAUGUCGCCACGUUGCACAGAAACAGCAAAAGUCUCAAUCGAUCACUUAACACGAGUCGAAAGAGCAUAGCUGUUAAGAUCAAUCCAUCAUCACAACUGAACCAACAAUCAUCGUCGGACGCAGCCCCGCCCCCUUCAAUGAGAGAAGCAUCGACACAAAUGACGUCACGGCUCGCCGAGUCUGCAAUGACUCAGACGAGUCCCCGAAGAAUUGGUGUUGAACCGUUGGAUCUUUCACAAUUGUUGGAGAAACACAACUCGUCCUCGCAGACUACACCGCCUGUGGUUGAACCGGUGCUGGCCGAAGUUUCCGCCGAACCUCAGCGGCCACCAGUGACACUUUCGAUGACGGCGCCCGUGUCGACGAUUGCCGAGUUUGAUAGUAUGCUCAAUAGCAUUUCACUGCACAAUGAGAGCCUGGAGACUGUCGCCGAGCCAUUUUCCCGUCUGAAGACUGAUAUAAGCUUCCCGUCCACUGUGGAAGAGACGACGCCACGUAGUGGCCGAGUUUCUCUGGAUUCAGAAUCGGCGCGGCGACUUUCUGCAGGACUUUCGCACUAUUUGGAGCAAGUUAAGAAGGAGAGAGAAUCGAUGGAAGCUCAGGAAUCUGAAUCUGAAUCCAUGGAAUUGGAGAUUCCCGUGGUGUCUGAGGUAUCAGUCACUACAGAAUCAGAGAAUCUGGAGGAAGUGGUUUCCGAGCAUUCUGAUUCCAAAUCCCCGGAAACUCUAGUCGCUUCAGACAACGGAGAAGACUCAUCCGGUGGAUCGGAGGACCCGAAUGCUACACAAUUUGAGCAUGAAAUUGAGGAGCACAAAGAGCCCGAAAAACUGGGCCUAAUCAUAGAUCCGGAGGACGAGCAAGACGAGACGAAACGCUUUGUGAAUCACGAUGAAUUCGAACAGAGCCUGGAGGAAGAGCUGGAGCCACGUGGCAAUAAUGAUAGCGCUGACGAUUCGGGAUUCUUGCUUGACAACUCGCCGGCACCGCGGCUUAAAUCGAUUUUUGACAAUUUGCCGCCGGCGGCGGCGUCGGCAGCAGUGACAGAUACACCAAGAGUGCCGGCGGAAGCCGAUGAAACGACGUUUGCUGGAAUGGAUAUGGAGGAAUAUUGUCAGCGAGAGUUCUUGAAAGAGAUUAGCCCAAUAAUGGUUCAAAAGGCAAUUGAGCUUCAGGACGAGCUCCGCGGAGUCGACUGGCUUACAGCGCAAGAUGUUUGGCAGCCACCCUCAUUUAAAGAUGUUCAAAUGGAGUUCGACGACAAUUUCGAGUAUUUCGACUCGUUUUCCAUACUUAUUUGGAGUGCGGUGGUGGAUUUAAUCAAUAAAAACUACCUGAAAUUUGGCCGAAAAAUGACUGAAAAUGAGGAAAUCGCGUUUGAAGCGGAGGCGUUGAAAAUGCUCCAAACCGAGCACGGACCCGAAUCGAGAAAAUCGGAAUGGUGCACCGAUGUGAAAAUGAGCAAGAAACUUGAAGGAAUGAUGCCAAUGGAGUUGGAUUAUCGAUAUGAUGUACGCCGAGGUCUACCGGACGCCGAAAAACAAAAAUAUCAAUGGCAACAAGUGCAGAUGACAGUUAUCGCCGCACGUUAUGCGAAUAAGAAUUUGAUCAACGAAGCCAACGAGGUAUAUGCGACGGAAAAGGAGAAGCUGGGACAAAUGGUGCUGGAAUCUGAAAUCGACGCGACGGUCACCGAUGUUUAGGCUUUUAAUUAAAUACUUUUUUCGCCUAUUUAUCACUAUUAUCGGCAAUAUCAUUCAUGGUCUCUACUAUUCUACUAGCUAUUUUAUGAACUAUUUUAUUUAUUGAU